CUCCCCUCUCUCUCCUCCAUUGAAGCAUACUCGAAAUUCUCCAUUGAAGGGGCUUCUGAGCUUUCUCUCCUCCACUAAAGUAGUCUCAAAGGGUUUGGUUUGUGGAACGUACUCGAAAUUCUCCAUUGAAGUGGCUUCGGACUUUCUGAGCUUUCUCUCCUCCAUUGAAGCAGUCUCUAAGGUUAGAUUUGCUUCCUCGGGAUUCACAAUGAGGUCAGUUUUAUCAAGUUCUAACUCUGUUUCAACUUAAGUAGGGGUUUUCAAUUUUUUGGAAUUAUUUUGGAUUUUUUGGUCGAUUUGUUCGAGAAUGUUCACUUUUUGUGUUCCAUGAAUCGGGUUUACAAGAUUUGAGGAAUACCUAGUUCAAAAUUUGAUGGUUUACACUGUUUUUUGAUGCUAAAUUGAUGGAUCAAAACCCUAAAUCUUCAGUUAGGGUUCCAUAAAUCUCAAGUACUGUUGUUCAUUUCGUGCAUUUUGCUUUGAUUUUCUUUGUUUCGGGAUUGAGGGGAAAUUUCUUUGUUAAAUGUAUUGGCAGAGAAAUUUAAGAAUAUUGCACAAGAAUUUUCUAUCUUAACAUCACAUAUGCGAUUUUCUGAAUAUUGAAGCUAUUCUCUGUGUAAAGAGUUAAAAGUAUGUUAUAUUUUAGCUGCAAAUACAAUCUUGAUAUAUUUAAAGGUAAUGCCUUAUAUAUUUACAUUAGCCCUUUGUUCAUUGAACUGGGAGAAAAGAUGAACAAAGUGUGUUCAUGAUCUUUGGUUCGAUGUAUGCUGCUGUGUUGUUCUUGGGACUAAACAAUUGUUCUACUGUUAUUCCAUACAUUACAGCAGAUAGAACUGUCGUUUAUCGGGAAAAAUUUGCAGGGAUGUACUCCUCGUGGGUUUAUUGUUUUGCACAGGUAUUAUUUAUCAGCGUACAAGUUGUUCUGGUACUUCUAUGCCAUGUUUUGUACUCUGGUGUAUUCGAUAUGAUGCUCGCAUCAUUGACAGCGAACUACCAACUGGCUACAAUUAUAGGAGCAUCUACCUAUUCGUUGAUGAAUUUAUUUGCUGGAUUUUUGAUACCUCUACCGAUGAUGAAAGGAAGGCAGGGACAACAACAAGAUAUAGCUGGUCCUUGUAGUACUGUGAAUUUUGCAGCCUGAUGACAAUAUGAAAUCUCAAAGCCUGCCAGAAUCCAGAAUUUGGUGAACAACUAUUCACAAUUUGUUUCAUUUCCCAUCUACACAUGGCUAGAAAAAUCAAGAACUGUGGAGAACAACAGUAGCAGUGCAGACAGAAGACACACAACAGCAAGAACACCUUGCAACACACUGCAUGCAACAUAACAGGCAUGCAGAAGCAGAGACAAGCUAGCAGCAUGCAGCACAGAAACCAGCAGCCUGAACCAACACACACCACACACCAGCCAGAAACAGAAAGCAGUAGCCAGCAACAGCUAAACACACCCUGCAAACAGAAACCAGCAACCAGACACAAAGCAAGCAACACAACCAAUAGAAAACAACAGCUUACAAAAGGAAAGUAGACCUUGCUGUUAAAUCAAGGGCUCAGCUUCUCCAGACCUUGAUUCUGUA